GACAGUGGCUACAGGAUGAAUGACAACCAGAUGAUUAACCACUUCCCGAACCACUACGAGCUGUCGCGGAAGGACCUGCUGGUGAAGAACAUCAAGCGCUACCGCAAGCAGCUGGAGCGCGACAAGGAGCCGGGGGCGGAGCGCAGUGACGUCACGAGCCGCUACGUCUACCUCGACUUCGUGCCCGUCACCUUCGUGCUGCCCGCAGACUACAACAUGUUCGUGGAGGAGUACCGCAAGAGCCCGCAGAGCACGUGGAUCAUGAAGCCGUGCGGGAAGUCGCAGGGCGCGGGCAUCUUCCUCAUCAACAAGCUGUCCAAGCUGAAGCGGUGGUCGCGCGAGAGCAAGAUGCCCUUCAACCCGGCGCUCGUCAAGGAGUCCUACGUCAUCUCUCGGUACAUCGGCAACCCGCUGCUGAUCGGCGGCAAGAAGUUCGACCUCCGGCUGUACGUGCUGGUCACUUCGUUCCGGCCGCUCAAGGCGUACCUCUUCCGGCUGGGCUUCUGCCGCUUCUGCACCGUCAAGUACGACGCCAGCAUACAGGAGCUGGACAACAUGUACGUCCACCUCACCAACGUCUCCGUCCAGAAGCACGGAGGCGAGUACAACGGCAUCCACGGCGGCAAGUGGAGCGUGCAGAACCUGCGGCUGUACCUGGAGAGCACGCGCGGCAAGGCCGUCACGGAGCGCCUCUUCGACUCCGUGUCGUGGCUGAUCGUGCACUCGCUCAAGGCCGUCGCGCCCGUCAUGGCCAACGACCGCCACUGCUUCGAGUGCUACGGCUACGACAUCAUCAUCGACAACAAGCUCAAGCCCUGGCUGGUCGAGGUGAACGCGUCGCCGUCGCUGACGUCGACGACUGUGAACGACCGCAUCCUCAAGUACAAGCUCAUCGACAACAUCAUCUCCGUGGUGCUGCCCCCGGACGGCGUGCCCGACGUCCGGUGGAACAAGGUGCCAUCGCAGGAGGCACUUGGGAACUUCGAGCUGCUGCUGGACGAGGAGCUGGCCAGCGGCCACGGACACGGCCAUUGCGAUCCAGAAACAGGUUUCCUGCUCCAGGUGACGUCAGCAGAUACCCAGUAUGACAGCAGUUGCUGUGGUACGGGACUCCAGUCUCCUGCGUCACAAACUGUCCCAGUGAGCGAACGUGCUGUCCUCUUGAACGGAAGUCUCUGUGCAGGGAUGGAGAAAGACAUCGGCAACGGCGAACUGCAAGCACUAGAGGAGAGGACUGGAAUCCCAGAAUGCAAUUCAAAAACAAAGGCUUCUCCAGCAUUUGAGGAGGUCCUGGACGCCAUUGGGUCCCGGGGGAAGUUCCAGAUGAGGCUGAACAUCGUCUUCGUUUGCUUUGCCUCAUGCUUCGACCUUAUGAGUGUCAACAUGUUCUACCUGGCUAUGCAGACUCCAGAUCACUGGUGCUACGUCCCUGGCAGGGAACUUUCCAACCUUUCAGUUGAGCAGUGGAAGAACCUCACCAUACCAAGGGAAGGAGCCUCGUUCAGCAAGUGCCUGAUGUACAACCACAGCGAUGUGACGGACUUCGGCGGCAGCAGGGAACCUGUGAAGUGCCAGCACGGGUGGGAGUACGACGACACCUGGUUCUCCCUGACGGUGACGUCACAGAUGAACUGGGUCUGCGACAACCAGCAGGCCGUCAAUGACGUCUUGUUCUACUCACAGAUUAUUGGAGUGGCGCUGGGGUUACUGUUUGGCUACAUAGGCGACAUGUACGGCCGACGCCCCCAGCAGCUGCUGUGCCUGUCAGCCCACGUGCUCAGCAGAGUGCUGGUCGUCCUCGCUCCACACGUGCUGCCGCUCUUCAUCCUGGCAACAUCCCUCGUGUCAGCUGCGGCUGGGCCCAUGGUAGAAUCGGUCUUGUCUGUUGGUAAGUGUUAA